CCCGGGAAGCCCAGCGGAGACGCCCCGACUCACCGACGGCCCACCAUGGCGUUGCCCACUCUUACGGCGGUGCCAGAUUGCGCAAACUUCACAUUGACCGUUCAGCCCUUUCUCUCUCAAUUCAUAUCCCUGCCGCCGCAGAUAUUCGAAGCCGGACGCGACUUUGAAUCCCUCAAAAACAUUUAUGUCAACACGAACCCUCUAGUCACAGCGGUCGCGUUUUCGUUGCUGCUUGUACCAUUGCUGCUGAUUGUGUCAGAAAUCAAUAGGAACUACUCUCAAAUUGACCGGCUGUGGAGCAUUCUACCAUCUGUUUAUAAUGGACAUUACGUUCUGUGGUCUUAUCUGAAUGGUGUCUCAACAGAUCGAACCUGGACUAUUUUUGUCUGCACCUUAAUCUGGAGCGCCCGCUUGACAUACAACUAUUGGAGGAAAGGUGGCUACUCGAUCGGCUCCGAGGACUACCGGUGGACUAUUGUCCGCGAAAAAAUCAACAAUGGCUUCCUUUGGUUCCUCUUUAAUAUCUUCUUCAUCUCCCUGACGCAAUCCCUUCUUUUGCUCAUGAUCACCGCUCCCACCUACGUGUUCCUCGUCCUGAAUACUGUCGGCACCGCACCAGCAUUCGGAUUGCCAGAUCUCGCAUUCUCCCGUGGCAUGAUCUUUUUCAUUAUCAUCGAAUACUUCGCCGACCAACAACAAUGGGAUUUCCAGAAGGCGAAGCAGUCCUACCAACAGACCGCCCGUGUGCCCACAGAAUACAAGUCUACUUUCUCCGCCGAUGACCUUAACCGUGGAUUUGUUAUCAGCGGUCUCUGGUCCUGGUGUCGCCAUCCCAAUUUCGCCGCAGAGCAAGCGGUUUGGCUCAUGCUAUACGCUUGGUCUUGCUACGCGACGCAGACGUACAUCAAUUGGAGCGGCGCCGGUGUUUUGGCAUAUAUCCUGUUAUUCCAGGGAAGCACCAUCCUGACCGAAUCUAUUAGCGCGAGCAAGUAUCCUGAAUACGACGAUUAUCAGUAUUUAGUCGGCAAGUUCAUUCCUAUCCCGUGGCUCGGCUCCGGACACAAGGCGAUGUCCAAGAAGAAGAAAACUUCGCACAAGCAAAAGAGUGAGAAGAAAACAGAAUAAUGCAAUUUUUGCAUACGUAUAAUAUCUUCAGCCUGGGAGAUAUAUUCGAUUUGGCACGUCUGUCGUAUCCUCCUUUUGGGUUCUUGCGUUUGAGUUGUUUUCGCCCCAUGUAUUUGCGAGCUGGGCUUGAUUUGAGUUCGGGUGGUGUUUGACCUGGAGCUCCCAGUGCAUUGUGCUUUGUAUGCAUGUUGAGUUUUUUGUCUUGAUCGCAGAUUCCAUCCAAUGGCUCAACAUUGCGGCCAAGUUAAGCAUUCCGUUUGCUGAACAAAAGGAUGCACGGAUGGUAUCUUCACUAGUAUUAAUCUCCUUACCGUACAACAUAAUCCUACCCAGAUAGAUGUAGAGAAAGGGUGGUGGUUAAAAAGCAAUAUUAUAAAAUGCUCGCUACUUUACAGAUAAGCUACCAAGGAAAAGCCACAUUCCAAGUUGACACUUCAUGGUGUGAAAAUCAAAAAGCACAAGCGCCGUAAGAGGAGAGAUCCAGCUAGGUGAAAAUAUCCAAUAUCCAUCAUCAAUACAACAUGAUAAAGCAAGAUUUCACCCCCUGCUUCUGCCGCUUCUUCUCCCUUUUUUGUUAUCUCUCCCACUCUUUGAGGAAUGGUUUCGAAUCAACUAGCACCUAGUAACACACAAAUUGGGAAUAUGGAGAUUCCAAGAAACUGUCCGGAAGGAAAUAUGAAACUGAGCGUCAAAGAAGUGGAUUGGGAGGAUUGGACGUAAGAGAAAAUGAAAAGAGGUUUAGAUUGUACAAUACAUACGCGUGGGACAUCAGGGUCGAAAAGAUAUGUGGGGGACUAUGUAUGGCGAAUCGUAUCGAUGCUCUAAGGGGAAGGGCGGUCGCUUUCUUGGCUGUUGUCGCUCAUACUUGGGCCGCCCUCGGUGGGUGGUGGAGGCGGAGCAAGCGUUCCAGCGCCGCCAGUUCCGUCAAAGUAUUUUGCAAAUUCUCCGGAUUCGGGCCAAGGCCUUUUGCCAAGGAGACGGACUAGGUCAUCACGGCUGAGAACCUCCUUGGACAAAAGCUCCUCAGCAACGAGGCGAAUCUCUGGUUUCUUUGCUUCCAACAGCUCACGGCAUUGCUUGUAGGCUUCGUCAACGAGGCGUCGCACUUCGAGAUCGAUGUUCUUGGCAGUUUCUUCGGAAAAUGGCUUGUGUAGUUGUUGCUGGUCCUCUUCGAAGUACAGAUAUCCGAUCUUCGACGACAUACCGAAUUUCGUUACCAUGGCGGUUGCGAGGCGUGUGACUUUGUUGAAAUCAUCACUAGCACCACUUGUGACGGUGUCGAAAUGAAGCUCUUCGCUAACACGGCCGCCUAGUGUCAUAGCCAUGCGAUCCAUAAGUUGGCGAACGUUCAUCAAAUAGGUGUCGCCUUGCGCGGGUAGAUAUUGAGCGUAGCCUAGAGCACCCUGACCACGUGGGAUGAUGGAUACUUUGAGCAAUGGAUCAGCAUAUUGGAAGUACCAACCACAAAUGGCAUGACCAGCUUCAUGGUAAGCAACAGUGCGUUUCUCUUCGGGCGACAAGACAAGAGAUUUCUUCUCAAGGCCGCCGACGACUCUUUCAAUUGCUUGCUCAAAAUGUUUCAUCGUUACGCUAGACGCGUGGCCACGAGCAGC